AUGCGGAGGUCCAAGCACCGUGCCUCCCCUGGCGGCGGCGGCGGCGGCACCGUUUCUCAUGUCACCCCAAUGUCUCCCGAUGAUAAGAAGCGCGACGACAGCGACAGAGUCGACAAGCUUGCGCAGCAGCAGCAGGCACAGCAACCGGACGGUGGCCUUGUUGCGAUCGAGAACACGCCAACAGCGCUCCGGCGCAGGGCGCAGUACAGCCGCGCCAAGCCGCGCCCCAUCCCAAAUAGCCUACGCACAGGUAGUGAUGCGAUCGCCGUCUCCGCCGCUGUGGACACGUUCUACACCACCCCUUUUCUGCAGCUCGCUUUCCGUGAGGCAACCGAGCGCGAAGUUGCGGCGCGGCUGCGGUGGAGCGUGCAGAAGAUGUCGUCAAAACUGCACACGGUGCGGGUGGAGGGGUUGAAAGAGGCGACGGCCCAACUCUUGCAAUGGACGACGCAGGCCUCCAUCGAGUCGGCUGAGCGACAGCAAGAACAACAGCAGCAGCAGACCAAGUCCGAUGCGCGUCACACCGACAGCGCAGCUGCAGCCACACCCAGGGGGCGAUCCAACUUGAUGCUCCCGCCCUACGACGCGGUGCGCGUCGAGGUGUUGGGCGGGUCGUCGCCAGCCGUCGCCCAUGGGCACUACCCCCACCACCAGCGCCCUCCCUCCUCUGAGUUGCCGCAGCGUCACGACAACGAGGCGGCAGCUGCCCGCUGCGCAAACGCGUUGCGCAGCCCCUCCUGGGACGUUGUGCAGCACGCGCUGGAAGGGGUGGACUACACGAGCUCAAUUUUCAACACAAUCCUCGUACCUCGGCUGGAGGUGCGCAAUGCCAUGAGCACGGGCGCCCCCAUCAGCGUCCAGCUGCCGAGUGACGUGGCGCUGCAGUGGACUACGCUUCCGACAACGUCGAGAAGUGCUGUGGGGGCAACGAGCGGCACGGCAUCUCAAGAGGCACCACCACCAGAGAACAAACUACUGCGAGCGGCGACAGCGGUCACCUACGAAGAGCAGGAGCUGGCCCUCCGCUACAUCCAGGGCACGUGCCUGAUACUCUACCACCAGCGACGUUGCUGCGCUGAGGGGUGCCUGCUGUACUACGCGACGGAGGUGUUUCAGUGCAUGCGCAGCCACAUCGACGCGCUCUUCACAUCUCAGCGGCGGGAGCGGGAGGAGCAGGAAGGCGAAGAGCAAACGUGCCAGCGUGGGAAAAGAGGCCUUAGCACGAAUCACGGCAGUGUGAGUGGUGCGCGCACGCCCGGCACCUCGUCCGCGACCACAGCAGCAGCCUUCACAGCGGCGUUGCGAGAGUCGGGUCGCUCGCAGGUUUCUGUCGACCCGUCGCUUGUCCGCGUCGUCGUAGCGCUCGUGGACGCUGUGGAGGCCGCCUGUCACUACAACCCGUCGAGCCUACGGCGUUUCGUGCAGACCGGCGGCGUGACGGCCAUGCUGAACCUGGCGUACUGUCCAUUUAUGCCCACCCCGAUCCGUGCCGCGGUGCUCAACACGAUUAGCGUGCUCCUGCAGCAGGUGACGCCCCUGCGUCGGUAUGUGGCAGCCGCGAGCAAGGCACAGGGGACCAGCAACCCCGGCGGUCGCGGCGGUGCUGUCGAGCCGAACCCUGACCCACUCCUGCAGCGCAUGCUAGAGAACGCGGUGCACGACAACCCGCUUGGCCGGGAUGGGCAGCAGAUACCGUACUCCACCGACUUCGGCAGCGCCUCCAAGUUCGACUCGGCGGUGCGGGAUUGGUUCUUCGCGAAUGGGCUUGGUAACGUCAUCGCGUCUGUGGCGCAGCUGCAAGACCUGCGCAACACCUUCCAGCCCACUUCUUUUAUCGUACCGCAGGGUGCUGCCGCCGCCACCGCCGUGGCGCACGCCAACAUGCUGCGUGAAGGCGAGCUGCAUCGAAAGCGGAUUGGGUGGCUGCUCGAGUGCAUGGACGGACGAGAGUUGCGAUGA